CUCACCAGGCAGAAUGACUGGAGGAGUUGGGGCUGCAUUUUGCAGUGCCUGGAGUGAGACUUGUGAGCGUGUUUUUGUGACUGUGCAGGUCUCUGGGUGGACUUCAGCUGUAAGGGCACCGUGCCCCCACCACCCCAUCCCCAUGUGUGUGUUUGACCGCGACAGUCGUCCUGAGCACAAGGAAGACUUUUCUCAGAAUGCAGAUGGUGUGAGCAGCCAGGGUAAAAGUUUCUAACAGCUCACGUCUGAGCCUCGGCUAAUUCAGUCAGUCCGCUCUGCACAGUCUGACUCAGUCAGGGGAGAAACAGCAGCAGCCGGAGCAGCUGAGAGGGACUCCUACUUGAGCUUGUCUCAGACUUGGAUUUCUGUUGUUGAUUGAUUACCUGUCAGUGGACUGGAGACCCGAGCCGUGCAUCACCAGUCAACAGAGCCGAAGGAUUCAACAAGGCUGUCUGUGUAAGAAGAUUGAAGCUGCCGCGAUGGAUGACCACAGCGUGUCCCACAACAGCAGUCCUCAGCGCUGCGGAGGUCAGUCCAGCUCUGAGGGUCAGAGGUCAAACGUGAUCAGGUGCGGUUGGCUCAGGAAGCAAGGAGGUUUCGUGAAGACGUGGCACAGUCGCUGGUUUGUUCUCAGAGGGGAGCUGCUCUACUACUACAAAGAUGAGGAGGAGACCAAACCCCUGGGUGUCAUCUCUUUACCUGGAAACAAAGUCUCAGAACAUCCAACCAGCGGAGAUGAAGGGGGGAAAUUUCUUUUCGAGGUCAUUCCAGGUAAGAUCAAAGCUCACUUAAUGCCUUUCGGGUUUCACUGAGCAGUGACGGUGAUGCCUCGUCGAGCUGUACGACGCCCACACUGGGCGGGUGGGUAAACCCAAAUGAGUACUGGAGCGUCACGCCGGUGCUAAGACAAAAGUGACGACUCUACUACGUCUUGUGUUUGCUGCAAACUGAUGUUUAUCUGUCCCUUAAUUAACUGUGUGAGGCCAGUAGCUCCACAGUAACCAUACUCUGCCACUGAUUGACACUGGUGACCAAACCAAUAUAGUAAUCAGAGCUACGGAGCCUUGCAAAAACUAUUCAUAUGUUUAUGAAUAAUAUUUGAAGGCAGUUGGUUGCACUGGAAUAUAUUUAAUCCCUGAUCCUAACCAUGCACCAUUUUAGUUAAGAAGAAAACAAGGUGCAUUUGCAAUUAUAUACAUGCCUCUGUGUUGAUUUAUCAAAUAAAACCCCAUUAGAUUCACAGUCGUGACAUUGCAAAGCCUGAAAAUACUUUUGCAAGGCGACACAGACAACUCUGAAAGUGGGUAGAUUGCACCAUAAACGAAAGUUGGCCUGCCCCACUGAGGGCAAGAAAAAGAAACUUUGUAAGGUAAAAAAAAAAUAAAAUAAAAUGUCAGAAACGUUUGUAGAUGCGGCAGAAACAGACACAGCUGCCGCUGUCGGAGAGCAAAGCUGUGCGAAAGCCCAGCAGAAUACACAGGAUGUGAGCACCAGCCACUUGUUCUUUUUUUGUAUCAGUCUGUCCCCUCGGGUGUAGCCAAGCGAAUACGUCUUAGAUGACACUGACAUGCAUGUAGCAAGAUGACUUCUCACAUUAUUCGUGACCAAACAUGCGGUGUGGAAGUGAAAGGGGGCUAAUCAGAACCGAUGCAAGCAUAGUUCAGGUGUGCGUCGUGUUUUUUUGUGUGGUUUUUUUUGUCUAUGGCGGUUGAAAGAAGGUUCAUUUUCCACAGAAAUAUGAAUAAUUUCCUGUCAAACUUUCAUCCUAAAAUUCAAGCUUUUGUUUCUGAUGCUCACACAGAAGGAGUUCUGAAGAUGCUAGAAACUAUGUUUCGAGGAAUCAUCGGAUCAUUUCUAAAGAUAAGGACUCAAAUAAAGAUUAAAACAUCGAAUACAGUGAAUUUAAAAAAAAUGUUCAGGUUCUGUUGUGUACAAAAUUAGAUCAAUAGUAAGCAAUUUAACAACUUUUUCUACAUAUAUUGUAACAGACUCACUAUAUUGACCCAUUUGAUUUGAAUUUAAUUGAAAACUCCAUUUAUUUCAAGGACUUCAUCAAAUUUCUGUAAACAAUAUAAAGAGGGUCUAUAGAUAGAAACUUUAUUCAUCCCUUUGGGAUUUACCCUCAGGGAAAUAUCCAUCUAAAUCAACUAUGGAAUUAUUUUGCCUGAAAAUUUUGACAGAAAUGCACGAGUUUCUGCUGAGUAGAUAUUGUAAAGUCAGGAUGUGGAAUGGUGAUAGACUUCUACAAAAGCAGAUCUACUGUAACAUGUAUUGGUUUAGGGACUUAACGUGGUUUUACACGUGCAACAUGUUUGCUUUUCAAGUGAGUUGUAGAAUUUCAGCAAAGGUGUUUUGAGAGUCACAGUCUUUUAAUGCCAUUUUCUAAUUCCUGUGAAAAAUGUGGCAUUUACUGUUGAUAACACCAACUGUUUGUAAGCUGCUUUAAAUCACUGUUCACGAGAUUAAAUGUUGAAACUUUUGCUGGAAAAAA